AUGCUCUUCUCAAGGAGGCUACUCGCCGCCGCGGCGCUGGCAACAAGGGCAUCGGCGCAGACAUAUUCGUCGUGCAACCCUCUCCACCAAAACACGGCCCUCGGCAUGGCCAUUCACGUCGACUUCACCCAGGGCGCCGUCAACUCCUUCGCAGCAUCCGGAAACCCUACAUACGGCGACGACGGCGUCACCUUCUCCGUCGCUGCCUCGGGCCAGGCACCUCAGCUCAUGUCGCUCUUCUACAUCAUGUUUGGCCGCGUCGAGAUCACUCUCAAGGCUGCCACCGGCGCGGGAAUCGUCAGUUCCCUCGUGCUGCAGUCCGACACCCUUGACGAGAUCGACAUGGAGUGGCUCGGCGCCGACCCGACCGAGGUGCAAUCCAACUACUUUGGCAAAGGCGACGUGACGACGUACAACCGCGGGCAGUUCCACCAGACGGACAACAACCAGGAGAAGUUCAUGAAGUAUACCAUCGACUGGACCUCGGAGCGCAUUGUCUUCUCCGUCGACGGCACCGUCGUCCGCACCCUCACCGAGGCCGAGGCCGACGAGAACCAGUACCCGCAGUCGCCGAUGCAGGUCAAGUUCGGCGCCUGGUCGGGCGGCGACCCAGCCAACGCCCCGGGGACCAUCUCCUGGGCCCGCGGGCCGACAGACUUCAGCCAGGGGCCCUUCCACAUGGUCGUCAAGGAUGUUUCCAUUACCGACUACUCGACGGGGAAGGAGUACAAGUACACCGACACCUCGGGUAACUGGGGCUCCAUCCAGGCCGUCGACGGCCAGGUCAACGGGAAUCUCGGCAAGGCGGGCCAGGUCACAUACACGGCAAGCGCUGCCGCCGAGACGGGCUCGCCCGCGCCAACGGUGCCAAGGGGCGGUAUCGGCGCCGACGAAUCUGCCACCGCGACGCAGACCGGCUGGCCGUGGGUCGCUAGCGCGAGACCGACUGGCGGCUCCGUCCCGGACGGCUGGCGCAUGAACUCUGAGGGCAAAAUCAUUCCGGACGGCGCCGGGGCCUCGGUACGCCCUCAGUGCUUGGCCGUCCUGGCGUCUUUUGUUCUCGGUGCUGUCGCCUUGAUUGGGCGGUAA